GGAGGCGAGCAGAACCAGGAUUUAUUGCAAACGAAAGCUCUUGAGACAGCUCCCGGCUCCCGGCUCCCAACUUCCUUUUUGAUGUUUUACUAUGCUAAUUCGUUGCAGUAUACUGGUGAGAUGGACCUAUAACGCUCAAUCUACGUCGGUCGGUCAAUGGCUGAUUCACGAUUUUGGGACAUCUAAGAUCAAGGAAUCAGUCGAAGAGACAGGUCCUCUCGCGCCUGGAGACUUUCUUACCAGAUUUUCGUUGACGAAAGCCCAGAGAUCUCCCAGUACAUUUCAAGCACCGGAGGUUCAGAACAGCACAGACAGAACCACAGGAAGAGAGAGUGAUAUGUGGUCUUUCGGAUGCAUGAUUGCCCUCGCUCUUGCCUUCGCUCUCGGUGGUCCUCGAGAUGCCACUGAACUCUUGAACGUAAAUUACGAUAGUACGAUAACAGAUCGAGUUCCUAAUGAUUGGUUCUAUACGAAAGUCGACGGAAAACCUGUAACCAAAGAGGCAACCUCCAGAUGGUUGAAUAAGCGCUCUGCAGAGAGGCCGGAGGAUAGGUGGAUUGUGCGAAUCAUUGAUUUGGUCCUAGAAAUGCUUGUCAUAAAGCCUACAAGCAGGCUGAAAGCUGAAGAAGUUCAAGAUCAGUUACAUUUCAUUUGCAGCGAGGAAUCACAGCGCAUGGCAAAGGUAUGCCGCUGGGCCAGGCCACCAUCGCCACCGCAUGUUGAUGCUCGACGAGUAGCACGCUCCAAAGAUCCAGAUUCAGGUCUGCAUCCCGUUGAAGCACACAUUGGCUAUAGGAACUCAAACACGCCAUCUUCGUGGCCUCAAAGGCAAGAUUAUUAUCCCACUCUGAGCUCUACUCCCGGCCCUUGGCAACCUACAAGCAAUACUAGCCGGCAGUCUAUGCCCUACUCGCCAAUAUAUGGAUCAUCGUCACCUCCACGUGGUCAAAGCACACAUGGACAAUCAUUUCCUUCGCUGAGUAGUCCGCAUCUUGCGGACAAUAGGUACAGACAAAGUCCGGCACCGCCUUGGAGUCCAAACUACUCUUCUCUGGGAUCUGAUAUCGCGAACGACCCAAAUCUUUCGGUGGCUCCUGCUGGGAGGAAGCCAAGUAUCAUUCGCAGCGAUACCAAUAGUGUGAGUCAAGUCUACACACCCUCGAGUGGACCUACAGUACCAAGAUCAACUAGCAUGUCGAAUCGGUCAGACGAGAGCUCAAGCCUAGACAAAGCAGGUGCUCUGGUGGGAAAGAGAUCUUCUUCGAGCGGAAAUGUAACUUUCACCAACUUAGCAUUCCCAGAUGGGUCAUCGAAAAGUGUGGUCUGUGGAAUCAGCAAUCGCGUUGCGUACAUGUCAGCCACGUCAGUACUGGUGCACAACUUCAGAUAUCACAAUUCAUGGGUCCCAAAGAAGCCACCGAAGAGCCCUGAUAGUGCAACAUUCGGCUUCUAUGCGCCAAGGCCUAUAGAGUGUAACCCUGGGUUUGGAUGGGAUCUGAUAAGCUUGUGCGGAGAUUGGCUUAUACUUCGUGCCAACAAUGGGGCCGAUUGUAGAAUCCUAAGAUAUCACUGUUCCCGCAGAAAUCUGGAUAAUGUCGGAGUCGCCUUGGAAUUCUGGACAGAAACUCCAUUCUCUACCAACAAAUACGGCAUGCCAGCACCUGACGCUGUAAACGCGAUCGCAAUCAGGGUGUUAGAGAUCAAAGUUAACGUUCAAGGAGAUGUCAUCUUCAUGCUUGAUGAUGGUCUCUGCCUCUAUUCUGCUUCGAUGGGGCUACACUCCCUUGUAAUCGAAGGACAGCUCCGACGGGCUUGUUUUAGUUGCGACGGUUCACAUGUUUUUGCAUGGUCAAGGUCAUCUGAUCGUACUUAUGGCUAUCAAAAUCGAUGGUACAUCUGGCAUAUCAAUUCCACAGCAACGCCACUCCUGACACCAACAAGCCAAUGGACGACUGCAAAACAUCCAGGGCAGGGCAAAGACACCCUGAUAUUCCCCUUUCCAAGGUACUUUGCUGCAUUCGAGAUACCUGAUCGUUUAUAUCUCAUUGGUAAAGAUCGAGAAAGCCCUGUCGUUCAAUUACAAAGCCCAGUGGAUAGUAUCUCUGCAGGUAUCAGCUACGACGUCACCUAUGAACCAGAAUCCCCAGAUUCCACGUCUCAACGCCUGAUCCUGGUUCAACAGGAUUCGAGCCCACGAAUUCUUAGUCUACCCCUGCUCCCUCAAGUUCGAAGCUCGACCCCCUCAAAACUUCAAGAGCUACAACUAGCGUUUGAUGCCAAGACGCAUGGAGUCGCAGUUACGAGAGACGAAAAAGGCACAUAUGUUGUCAUAUCUCAUCCAAAAGGUGUCAUCGAGCGUCGGAAAAUCUUGAUAUGAAUGAAAUUUCCCAAGCAAUAUCGUCUAUUCUUGGGCAUUCAGUUACACGAAGUUCAAGUGUUGCAAUGC